AUGCCUCAAACAGCAACAAAGAGGCGACGUCUAAACCCGCCGGAGGGACCAGGUGGGAACCAGCAAGCAGAAGAUAUUGAGGUGAAUUCUACUAUCACGCAAUCGGCACAGAAUACACCUUCAAAAAGUUCCGCCACUUCAAAUAAUGAACGAGAAUUUCCUACCCUCUUACUGCCAGCUGACGAACUGCGCGAACAACCUAUACCUACCUCACUAAGCUGCAAUGCCAGCGAUACAAUCGAUUCUGAAGCUCAAACUGACGACCCUAUGGCGCAAUACAGCCCAUAUAGCAGUUCCAAUGAGAUAGUUUGCUUUGGCGAGAUCGUUGGCAUCCUUAGCAAAUGCGGAGGUGGUACUUCAGUGCCAAAUGCUGAUGGUACUAGUUUUCGAGCAAAAUUCAAAUCAUGUGAAAAGUUUGUUUCCAUAGAUAAUGAUGCUAUCACUGGAACCAUUGAUUCAGACUAUACACAUUUGGCCGACUUACUGCAGAAUGAGGCGGAACUCGAUCUGCAGCUCACCUGCACACUCGAUCUCUCUCGGUCGUCAGGCGCUGGAAAGCGAGCUUCGUCCAGUUUCUACUCGCACGCAAUUCCAUGCAUCAUUUCAAUCAUCAUCUAUGGGCCCUUAGAGAUGCUCACCGAUAUCGGUGACUUCUUUCAAACCUGUGAGAUCUACUUGCAAGAUCCCAGCGAUUGCGAUAGAAAUGUCAGAUACUGUAACCCUCAUCGUCUAUCAUCGACCAAUAUGAAGUCAUGCCCUUGGACCUCAGAGCUCAAGACGCAUUUAAGAAAUCUCGUUGAGAUGAGGCCAAUUUCUCCACUGCCAGAGCUAUUAGAUGUCCUGGAGUCAUCUGAGAAACUUCCAGAGGCGGCGCAGCCAGAUGCUAUACGAACUCCUCUAGAAAGACAUCAAAGACAGGCAUUGACAUUUAUGCAUCAGAGGGAGCUCGGAUGGGCUCUUAAUGGCAGUCGACCGGACCUUUGGGAAUAUAUGGGAAAUAACCAAAGACACUGUUUUGUCAACCAUGUGUCAAAUGCCUAUCAAGAAGAAGAACCAGAAGACUUCUCUGGUGGAAUUAUUGCGGAUCCCAUGGGGCUUGGGAAGACACUCACCAUGAUAUCCUUGGUAGCAAGUGCUGCUCCGCUUCAUAAUUGGGUCAUGGAUGCUGAUGGUAUUGUAACUUCGGCUGCGACUCUUAUCAUCGUUCCACCACCUUUACUUGGUACCUGGGAAGAGCAGUUAUCAGAGCAUGUUAAUCCUGGGUCUUUGACUUGGUGCCGACACCACGGGAAAACAAAAUUCACAGAAACUGGAUCCUAUAAUGAGAUCAGCAUAGUCUUGACAACAUAUCAUACCGUAUCAGCAGAGUGGAAAUCUCAUGGCGAACAUUCGCCAUCAGUUCUAUUCUCAACCCGCUGGCGGCGAGUGAUUCUUGAUGAAGCACAUUUUAUUCGCAAUAGUUCCUCUCAAUUGACUCGUGCAACAUGCGAGAUAGAUGCCGCUGCUCGAUGGGCGGUAACGGGCACACCAAUUCAAAAUCGACUCUCAGACUUAACAACGUUGUUCAGUUUCCUAAGAGUUUAUCCCUACUCAAACCGAAAGCAGUUCGACGCUGAUAUCACUACUUAUUGGAAGGAGGGUAAUAGUGAAGAGGCGCUAAAGAGGCUGAAGAGGCUCGCGUCAUUUCUCAUCUUGAGACGGAGGCAGAACACAAUACAGCUUCCGUUACGGCGCGAUUUACAAUGUGCUGUAGAGCUCACGGGGACGGAACGAGCGAUGUAUGAUGAAAUUCGGAAUAAAACAGUCGCUCGUAUUGACGAUAUCUUGUACGAGAGCAGCGACGAUACACGACCUGUUGAGUACACCAAUGUCCUUCAGCAGAUCGAAGCCAUGCGCAUGGUGUGCAACCUAGGAUUGUAUUACCAUGCUCGCCAAGGGCUUAGGGACUUGACACAAAAAAAUUCGGAGAGCUGGGCAAGUAUUGCUCAACAAAACUUUGACUUUCAAGGUGAAAUGAGCGGCAUGCAGUGCCGAUACUGUUUUGCUGUUGCAGAUACGUCCACUCGCUUGCUAAACAGCACUCAAAGCCAACAGUCACUACAUUUAUCAAAAUGUCUGCAGCUUGUAUGUUCCGACUGUAUCAGCAAGUCACAACCCAUUGAUUGCGGACACAGCCCUUCAUGCCCUUUCGCGCCGGUCUAUCUAAAUCCGACUAGCUUGGAGGAGACAUCUUUAUCUUUCAACCAUCUUGAAUAUAUGGCCUCGUUACCCCAAGCCGUGAAAUUUCCACCGAAAAUAACGGCUCUUGUGACUCAGCUCAAAGCUCUCCCACCGGGUGUUAAAAGCGUGGUUUUCUCAACUUGGAGAACAACUUUGGAUAUUGUUGAAGCUGGAUUGAACCAAGCUUCCAUACAAUGCCUUCGCUUUGACGGAACGAUCCCGUUGAAGGAAAGACAGGCAGUGAUUGACCGAUUUCGUCAAGAGUCGACGCCAAGUGUACUUUUAUUAACUCUGUCAUGCGGCGCAGUUGGGUUGACACUCACUGUGGCUUCAUACGCUUUUAUCAUGGAACCUCACUGGAAUCCAACACUGGAAGAUCAGGCUCUGGCUCGUAUUUACAGGCUUGGCCAGAGAAACGAAGUUACCACCGUUCGCUUCUAUGUACGAGAUUCUUUCGAACAGCGCGUAAUGGAAGUCCAAAACUCAAAGAGACAGAUGGCAGCUGUUCUCUUCGCACCGCAGGAUUCAACAGCGGGCCCUAGUUUAACUUUAUUGCAGAAUCUACGGUCUCUUUUGUGA